AUGCCCAAAAACAAGUCCAAGACCCGCGACCCCAGCAACAGCUUCAGCGCUUCGUUCGACGGCGCCCAGGAUGGUGUGAGUCCCGUGGCUGUGCCUCUGACGGAGAAUGAGGCCCACGUGUGCGCGUCUCCAGGCAACAUGCACUCCCCGACGCCCACGACCGCUGGUGUCAAUGGUGUCGGUGUCGAACGCUCGCAUUGCCUCGUUAUCUACACAGGCGGCACUUUCGGCAUGGUUCCAGAUGAGAACGGCGUGUUGCACCCCAGCAGUGGCUUCUUGGAGAAGAAAAUCAACGAAAUGGACGAGUUCAAGUUCGAAAACAUGCCUCAUGUGACUGUGAGCGAGUGGGCAAACCCCAUCGACUCUUCCGACAUGACGCCUGAUGAUUGGGGCACAAUUGCCAAGGAGAUCGAAGCUAAAUACUGGGACUACGACGGCUUCGUGGUGCUACAGGGCACUGAUACUAUGGCUUACACGGCCUCGGCUCUGAGUUUCAUGCUCGAAUAUCUGGGCAAACCCGUGGUCAUCUCGGGCGCCAUGAUCCCGCUCCACUUCCCUCACAGCGACGCACGUCGCAACUUGAUCAUGUCGGUCAUGUGCGCAGCGUCGCUGGCUAUCCCCGAGGUGUGCAUCUACUCGAACAACAAGCUGCUGAGAGGCAACAGGACCACCAAAGUGGCCAACAUGUCCGUGGACGCCUUCCACUCGCCCAACUUCCCGUCACUCGCGGUGACGGGCGUAGAGGCCAUCGUGGACCAGCCGCUCAUUCUGCCCUACCCACGUUCUCGUUUCCGUGUGUUCACAGCCUUGUCGACCAAUAUUUGUGUGUUCCAUUUGGUGCCUGGCUUUGAUGCCGAGUGUAUUGAGGCCUAUAUUGAGCGUCACAGUGCUACCACAGACAAGGAUAAGCGGAAGGCACUGGUGUUUGCACUAUACGGCACUGGCAACGCCCCGUUGCGUAAGGAUGGUUUCUUGCGAUUGGUGAAGAUGGCUAUUGACGCCGAUAUCCCUGUGACUAUCACGUCACAGUGCGUGCAGGGCCGUACACAGCUGGAUACGUACGCUACGGGUGUGAAUUUGUUGAACAUGGGCGUGAUUACGUCCCUGGACAUGACAAUCGAAGCUUGUGUUGCCAAACUGGGCUACCUAAUGGGCAAGGGCUUCACGGGCAAACAGCUCAAGACCAAGAUGGAGACCGACCUGCGCGGCGAACUGUCCAUCGUGGACGCAGUCGCAAACGGCGAAGAGAUGAGUCGCACGCGCCAGUACCGCAAGACUGUCGUCCGCAGCUUCGCCUCGCACUAG